UAUUGCAUAUAUUAACUUAAAUUUAAUUGGUGAGGAUAAAAAUAUAAGCAUUUACAAGAUGUUAUAAUGUUCUGGUUAUGCUGUCAUUAGUGGUAUUUGAAUCCAGAAGAUAUUUAGGUUUUAAGGAUGUUGUUACAAUAUUGGUCUGAAGGUUAUCUGUGAUAUAUUACCAGGCUGUUUUAGAAGUUAUUUAAAAGAGGUUCUUUAUCCCAUUCUAAUAGUUUCUCACCACAUCAUGUAUAUUGGAAUAUAUACUGUACUGUAUAAAUGAAUGAUGAUUGAGAAGGAGCUGUGUAAGGCUUAAGCAGGAGGAAGUACAUUUUCAAAUAAUUCUGAUAUGUGAGCUCAGAGGAGAGAAUUUGUGAACCUGUUACAAUCUCAGGAUGUCUUUCAGCCUCACAACACUCUAUGUACAACAACCUGACAAAUAUGUUCUUUUAAAGCAAGGGAAAAAACAGGUAUGAACUGUAGUUGAAGAAAUUGUUUUGCAAUUGUGUAAUACUCUUAUUAGCACAAAGAGAUUUUAUUGUCAGCAGUGUGCAAUAAUAUAUUUAAGAACUAAAAAGAUCACAAAAGAAAGAAAUGGCCAUUUGAACAAAUAUUUAAUGUAAUGUUUUGACAGUGUUUUCAGUGAAUGGGUUUCCUCCUAUUGUUUGGAUUGACAAGAUGAAAUAAAGAUAAAUUCUGUACUAAGGAGACAUGUAACCUUUAAGUAAAGGAGUGCGUUAAGGAAUAUGUAUGAAAAAAUACAAUUCAACGUGGCUAAAACUCCUUUGAUUCUGCUAAACUUAAGGGGAUGAAAUGUGUUUUUGCUGUGUCUGCAUGACAUUUCAACUGUUAACUUUGUUGAGAGGAGCUGAGGUCAUUGUGCUAAAAUCAGUGCCGCUUUUGAGGGGAAACCGAGUUGUACUUCAAUUUCACCACUAGGCGGCGCUGAAUGUUCCGAGUAUAUAUGAAUACAGUACUGCCUGUAUGGGUGUAUCGUCACAUAUCCAUUAUAAGACACUAACAAAAACCCCCGGAUUUUAUUGUAAAUGUGAAUUUACAAAAAGCCAUGCUUUAUGAUUUAUUUUCAAGCUGUUUUUUGUUAUUGUAAAACAGCUAAUGAUUACAGCCUUUCAGUUGAAGGAAGUUUCGAAUCCCACUGCUGCUGUAGUACCCUUGAUCCGUGUACUAACGUUGAAUUUAUACAGUAAAACAAGGGCAGCGGCUGGAUUAUUAAAAGUAAAGGCUUUUAUAAGAAAUGCUGUACCAGUAGAGAAACCUAGCAAUAGAAAGAGAGAGGGCGCGCGCAGGGCUCAUUUAAAGUGACAGUGCACCUUUAAUAGAAAAGUCUAUGACUUUAAGAAAAAACACAACCCCUAAAAAUAAUGUAAAAAAUAAUGUAGCCGAUUUUACAGCAAUAAAAAAUGAGUCUUAUGGACUUUGCUAGAAUUACGUAUGCACGGCAUCCUACGUAUUUUUCACUAUAAUUUAAAUAAAUGACGUUUAAAAGAACUUGGCUAAAAUUGUUCAGUUUACAAAAUGAAAAUUACAGGUUGCAAGUACGGAGUGAUAAGGUGAUUGACCCACGAUCGCGAAAAUGAGCGACGCUCGUCCCGCGAAACAGGUUCCAUAAUUUUUAUGGGAAUAAAAUAAUAAUUAUAACCCCGCUACGUACGAGCCGCUUCGCUGUAACGCGCAUUUUUGGUCCAUGAUGAUGAUGAACGCAGUAGGCGAGCAGUCCGUGUAAAACACAAUUUCGGGGCGAACAGGUGAUUCUGUGAAUGAGAAUACAGUCCGAAGGGCGGCAGGGCAGGCGGAGCGGGUCGAGCGCCGCGCUGUCACACACACUUCUUCGCAGGAGCGACGCCGGAAGCCGCGCUUUUUUGUGUCGGACAGGCCGCGGUCCCCAUCAUCACCAUCCCGUCCAUCCCAUUCAUUCCCACGGGGACCCGGUGGACAACGUGGAGCUCGUCGAGACGGCGGGUGUGCGGAUUUCUGCGCAUCCACCGAGCUCCCCUCUACAUACACACCCACACACACACACACACACACCCCCAGGAGGGCGGGGUCUCUGCCUCCCGUCGCUUUGUGCGGCUGCUGAUGCUGAUGCUGUGCUGCAGGAGGGAGCGGAGCCGCGCCGCGCCGCGCUAUGGACACACUGUCCUCCACCGCAGGCCUUCACACACCGCGCACGCUAAACACACGGUCUUUUGAAUACUAGGAGAAUGAGGAAGAGGAGGGAUUGGAAGCAUUGGAGGACCUUAGUGCAUUUCUACGAGGCGAUGGACAUUUCAGCACUGAAGCAUUUUAAGAGCUUUAGUUUUUGACCCGAUGGCGAAAAAGGGCCGAUCCAAGGGUGAGAAGCCCGAAGCGAUCAUAUCUGCCUUACAGGCAGCCAACGAAGAUCUCCGGUCCAAAUUGACGGAUAUUCAGAUCGAGCUGCAUCAGGAGAAAUGCAAGGUGAACAAGCUGGAGCGCGAGAAGGUGCAGGAGGGCAAGCGGAUUCGCGAGCAGGAGCAGCACCGGCACACGGCGGCGCUGACGGAGCUGCGCGCUCGCUGGCACGAGGAGAAGCAGAGGGAGCUGCAGGCGCUGCGCGAGUCGCUGGGGCGCCAGCACGAGCAGGAACUGGCGCGAGCCGCCAAGCUCAAGGAUGGAGAGAACCAGCGGCUGAAGGCGGCGCUGGGCGCCCUGCGGGAUGGCAGCGGGGAGAAGGUGCGCACCACCCUGGUGCUUGAGGCCCGCGAGGAGGCCCGCCGCUUCUUCGACCAGGAGCGCGUGCGGCUCCUGCAGGAGAUCGCCGAGCUCAAAGCGUCCAAGAAGCAGACGGACGAGGCGCUCAGCAACAUGAUCCAGGCCGAUAAGAUGAAGGCCGAGGACCUGCGCACUGAGCACCAGCUGCACCAGGAGCAGAUCUCCAAGAUUAAGUGGGACUGUGAGCGCGACAUUCGGAGACUGGUGGAUGAGAUCAAGGCCAAGGAUCGCACCAUCUUCUCGCUGGAGAAGGAGCUGGAGUCGGCCACUGGCUUCCUGCAGAAGCUGCAGCUCCAGAAGGACGCGCUGGACGAGCAGCUUUUCCUGGCCAAGGAGGCCGAGUGCAACCUGGGGAGCCCCAAGCGGGAGGUGCCGGGGCGUGCCGGGGCAGAUGGAGCAGAGCACUGUGGGAGCCCGGACAUGCGUAGGAACCAGAGGCGCUUAGCGGAGCUCAACGCCACCAUCCGGAAGCUGGAGGACCGGAACACGCUGCUGGUGGACGAGCGGAACGAGCUGCUGAAACGUGUGCGGGAAUCUGAGCGGCAGUGCAAGCCCCUGCUGGAGAAGAACAAGCUCCUCAACAAGAGGAACGAGGAGCUGACCCAAUCCCUGCAGCGCCAGGAGGAGAAGCUCAAGGCCCUGACCAAGGAGAAUGCGGAAAUGAAGGAAAAAAUGAGCUCUCACCCACCUCUUAAGAAGCUCCGGUCCCUGAAUGACCUGGACCAGGCGCAGGACGAGCAGGAGAUAGAGUUCUUGAAGUUGCAGGUCCUCGAACAGCAGAACAUGAUCGACGACUUGACCAGGGACAGAGAAAAACUUUUGCGGAAGAAGAGGCAUAAAAGAAGCUCCAGGCCUAUAAAGCGACACAUUGUGGUGGACACCUUUUUCGGGUACGACGAAGAGUCGAUGGACUCCGAAACGUCUUCGGUGGCCUCCUUCCGAAUGGACCGCACGCCUGCAACUCCCGACGAGGACCUAGAUGAGGGUCUGGCUGCGGAGGAGUCAGAGCUACGCUUCCGGCAGCUGACGCGGGAGUACCAGGCCCUGCAGCGAGCCUACGCCCUGCUCCAGGAGCAGAAGGGAGGCAUCCUCGAUGCAGAGAUAGAGUCAAAGGCUCACGAGAAGCUGCAAGCAGAUGUUCUCAGGUACAAAGCCAAGAUUGAAGAUCUCGAGAACGAGCUCAAUCAGAAGGGACAGGACUCCAAGUGGGUGGAAGAAAAGCAGUCGUUCCUAAGGAGAAACCAGGAGCUUCUCGAAAAGGUCGAGAAGCUUGAAGUGGAUAUGCGUCGCCUUCAGCAGGAGUUACAGGACUCCAGGGACCAGAACGAGUUACUGGAGUUUCGAAUCCUCGAGCUGGAGGAGCGGGAACGGCGGUCUCCUCCGUUCAACCUGCAGAUCCACCCGUUCACGGAGGGGGUCAGCGCCCUGCAGAUUUACUGCAUGAAAGAGGGAGUGAAGGAUGUCUGUAUUCCUGAUCUCAUCAAGCUCCUCGAUAUUCUUGGUGAUAAUGGGAACCUGAGAAAUGAAGAACAAGUAGCCAUUAUUCAAGCCAGUACUGUCCUGUCUUUGGCAGAAAAGUGGAUCCAGCAGAUUGAAGGCACAGAGGCAGCGCUGCACCAAAAGAUGAUGGACCUGGAGCUUGAGAUGGAGAUGUUCCGCAAGCAGAAGGGCUACCUGGAGGAAGAGCUGGACUACAGGAAACAGGCCCUCGACCAAGCGUACAUGCAAAUCCAGGAGCUCGAGGCCACGCUGUACAACGCCCUGCAGCACGACUCGGCCGUCAAGUACGGCGAACCGCUGAGCGACGGGCAGAAGGACGAGCUGCGCAUGGCGGUGGAGAAGCUGCGCAGGCAGAUGUUGAGGAAGAGCCGGGAGUACGACUGUCAGGUGCUGCAAGAGCGCAUGGAGCUGCUGCACCAGGCCUACCAGAGAAUCCGAGACCUAGAGGAUAAAACGGAUAUUCAAAAGAGACAAAUCAAGGACUUGGAAGAGAAGUUUCUGUUUCUCUUCUUGUUCUUCUCUCUCGCCUUCAUCCUUUGGCCUUGAUGUGUCGUGACACAUCCUCCCCCCCGCAGAGAUGCGCCAGCAGAGCGGGGUGUUUUCCAGAGUACAGCCGUCCGUCUCGCGUCUCCCGAUGACUCCAGGCUCAUUGGAUGUUCCAGGCUCCCGAUGUUCUCACGGCUCACGUCCUCUGUAGGAACGGCCACUUUUCCCAGAGUGCAUCCGAAAUGGGCAGGGCUCCGGAGGCGUUUCGUACGUUCCUUCGAAGGCCCGGGCCACAGUCACGCGCGAUGCCGUUUUGGACCGAAAUCUCUUUAGUGGGAAACUUGAGCUGCGGUGCCACGGUUUGGACGGGAAGCUCCCGGCGGCCCACGAGGGAAGCUUGUCUCUUGACUUUGAAUCGAAACCAAAGUGAGGAAGACCUUAUCUCUGCCAUGCAGGGGAACGCCAUGCCACGCGUCGGAUGACUCCGAGAAGAGGAACGGCAGGCCCUGUCGGCAGGGCUGCUCUCGCCCCAUCGCCGGACCCCCCAUUAGGGCAGCUUGCAGCAGACGCUCCAGUCCCACACUCCCUAUUCUCUCUCUCUCUCUCUCUCUCUCUCUCUGUUUCCAUGCGUCUCUCUUUGGACCUGAUCGCACACGCUGGGAUAAGAGGUUCUCACUCAGGACCCAUAGAUGAGUUUAUGAACAUAUUGGCCAAUGGUCACCUGACAUCAAUAGAGUAUUGUAACGUCUCCCGCCCUCUCGGCGCGGGCAGGCUUGGUGUAGAGCGAGCGAGAGCGAGAGAGACAGAUGAGGAGUGAAGAGGGGAUGGAGGGACUCUCCCCGGUUUCCUCACCUCCUCUUGUUUCGUUCCAUCCGUUAACCUUUUCGGAAGCAAACCCAGAGGUCCUCAAGCACUGCGAUGUUCUCGCAAUGAAGAACGAGGACCGAGUGGACCGUUCUGUUGCCGUAUUUCUUUAAUUCCCUGCACUAAGC